AUGGCAUUAAUAUUACUGCGAGCACGUGCGAGCAUACCGGUUGUGGUGUGUGGGGAAGCUGGAUGCGGCAAGACGAGUUUGAUUGGUUAUUUGGCCGAGGUUGUGGGUGUCAAGUUCUGUAACCUCUCACUGCAUGCCGGUAUUGUUGAGAGUCAGAUUCUUAUGUUCAUGAGCGAAGGAAAUGAACUUGCUGGAAAAGGAGAAGUGUGGUUAUUUUUUGAUGAAUUCAACACUUGCAACCACAUUGGUCUUUUGGCGGAUCUCAUAGCUCACAGAACGUUGUUAGGAAAGCCAAUACAUUCAAACAUUCGUCUGUUUGCUGCUUGUAAUCCUUAUCGAUUACGCGUAGUUAAUGAUAAUGUAGCAGGGCUAGCGAAAAGACGAGUCCAUCAAGAGCAAAGUCAACUUGUCUAUCAAGUAGAUCCUCUUCCUGAUCAAAUUCUUGACUAUGUCUGGGAUUUUGAUGUGCUCAAACCUGAAGAUGAACGGAUGUAUAUUAAAAUUAUGGUUGAGAACGAAAUAAGUAAGGUUGGCGUCAUAAGUGAUUUGCUGUUUGAGUCGCAAAUGUACAUACGUAAGAUCGAAGGACCUCAAAGCGUAAGCUUGCGAGACGUUAGAAGAGCCAUCAGAUUGAUUAUUUGGUUUCACAAAAGUCUCCAAGAUAGGCUUAAGUUGAUGGAGGAUGAAAAAAAGAAGAGGAAAAGCAAACAUCACUAUGACGGGGGAUAUAAUAUUAACAAUUAUCCUCCCAAAGACAGAUACUUUUUCGAGCGUUGCAUUGUUUUAUCAUUGGGACUUUGCUAUCAAGCUCGGCUUUACGAUCAGGGUGAGAGAGAAGAGUAUCGUAAACAGAUGGCUCGUAUUUUCGGGAAACACAAGGUUUAUCUGACCGCUGAAGACUUUAAACGAUAUCUUAAGGAGGAGCAGAAUGAUUGGAUACGCAGAAUGGCACGUCCACCCGCUACUGCCCUUACUGAGGCACUGUUGGAAAAUGUGCUUGUAAUGAUCGUUUGCAUUAUGACAAGAACUCCUGCUUUUAUUAUUGGAGCACCCGGAAGUUCCAAAUCCUUAGCAAUAAGACUUGUCAGCUCUAAUCUUCGGGGGACUGAUUCUGAUGAUGAAUAUUUGAGAAAAUUACCACAGGUUGCUAUAAUUCCGCAUCAAGGAUCAUCGUUGUCUACAUCUGACGGUAUUCUGAAAGUUUUCCGGAAAGCAGAAAAUAUACAGAAGUCCAAAUCCGAUAACCUUAAUUUACAGGCAGUAGUUCUUUUAGAUGGAGUUGGUCUAGCCGAAACAAGUCCAUUUAAUCCCUUGAAGGUUUUACAUGCACUGCUUGAACCCAGUUAUCCUAAGGAUGGACCAGAGGUGUCGAUAAUCGGUAUAAGUAAUCGGAGAUUGGACAAUAGUAAAUCGAGUAGGGCAUUACUGGUUCAGAGACCUCAAUUGAGCGAAAAGGACCUUGUGGAGAUAGCUUUUUCUUUUUUGUUGAAGGGCGAACGCGGACCAUCAUUUGACAUGAACAGGCGCAAUAUACAAAACCUUGCCAAAGCCUACGCAAAUUACCAAAAAAACCAGAAAUAUCCCAACUUCCACGGUCUUCGUGAUUAUUAUGCUUUAGUCAAAAGUUUGAGCAGAGGGAAACUUACUAUGGAUUCAAUACAAUUGGCCCUCGCACGAAAUUUCGGGGGCACUGAUCAAAUGAAAGUAAUAUGCGAAGAUUACUUUGGGAACGUAUUGAAGGAAUCCGGUGGACUGUUCGGCUACAGCUAUGAUCGAAUACCAGUUGAAAAAUUAAUUGACGGGAAUCUUCAGGAGAAAGAUGCCAGACAUUUAAUGAUAAUCGGAAAAAGUGAUUCAAUAGUUAACAUCCUUACUUAUCAUUUGAGGUCACUCGAUAUGGAUCCUAUGGUUCUUUGCGGAUCGCAGUUUCCGGACGAUGCAGAAGGAGAUUAUUCUCAUGGCGUAUUAAGUAGAGUUAUGAUGUGCGUUGAAGCAGGAAAACCCCUUAUCUUGACUGAUCUGGAUAUUAUAUAUGAUAGCUUGUAUGACCUGUGGGAUCAGAAUUACAUAACACAGGGUAGCAAACACGACCCCAAAUAUUAUACAAGAGUAGCUUUGGAAGCUUACGCCAAUCCAAUGUGUUAUGUGCAUCCGAAUUUCAGAUGCAUCCUUGUCUUUGAUGAAAAACUAGUAUAUGACGCAGACCCUCAUCUUUUGAAUCGGUUUGAAAAACAACGAUUAACUAUGAACGAUACACUCACGGAAGAGCAUUCUCUUUUAUGCCUUCAACUUGAAAAAUGGGUCAAGUCUAUAUCAACAAUAACGAGGAUGGAAGGUAUUAGUACAACUGGUGGAUUUACCGAAGCGGAUCUAUUUAUUGGAUACGACAAGGAUGAAACAUUACAGAGUCUUGUGAUCGACGAAUGCAAGAAAAAUUUGACGCGUGAUGAUGAGGAAAUUUUAGAGCGCUGUAAAGAAAGACUGAUAAAGAUCGCGUCAUCUGAUGGUCUAGUUAGGGCUACUUAUUCCGCGUUAGCUACAGAGCCGGAUGAAGUGAUGAAAUGGAGGACUUCCUACUUUAACCACGGGGGGCACGAUCACAUAGCAGCGUAUUUUGAACCAUUACUUGCAAAGUCUCUAUACAAUGAAGGGUAUCAAUUAAUAAUACAUACAUUUAGCAAUAUUAACACAGAUGUAAAGGGAUGCUUGAAAGGACUUUUGAAAUGUCAAGUGGACAAGCUAUCGACAUUUAAGGCCGAGGCUCAACUACAGAACAGAGUCAAGUAUUUCUGGUUUGAGAGCGACGAUGAGCUGCUCCUUCUGCAGUGUGACCUAUCAACAACAAGAGCGGGUAGUAUUAGAUUCGCAAAGUUCACUAUUGAACAAUUGCGCAACGAAUACUUUGCAAGAAGACAACGUAAUGAGUAUGUAAACACGCCAGCAAAACAUGCAUGUAUUAUAUUGCAUCAUCAUAGGGAUCAAAUAAACACAAGUUUCUUCAACUUUACGUGUGGGUGGGAACAAGUAACUAUUGAGACUUUAGUGCCUCAAGAGAAACACCUGUCUGCUCUCAUAGAAGGCGAUCUAAGUGAAGUAAUUAACUCAACAUAUCCUUUCGAAGAGAUCUUGCAACAAGAAUUAUUAUGGUGUCUACUUUGUAUUAAAUAUCCAAAUUCUUCACAAUCAAUCGAGCAUGUUCGACGAUUGAUAGAGGAAAUUCCAAACAAGAAAGCAUUCGUAAAUAUUUUGAAGAUGAGAAUUAUGCAAUGGAUUGACGAGAAUACUAAGCCAAAUUGGCAGUUACGUGUGGCAUCAGAUAAAAGUGCCAUUUACUUGCAUUCUUCGUUCGCAGGCGCUCUAUUAGCUUAUAUUCGUGUCCUGGUCAGGAAGCCCAUUGCCCAGUUAUUAUAUGCAUUGGAAAAGCACUGCGCACUCCUGACGUUCUUCAACAUCACUGACGAUUUGAAGGAAGAUGAAGAGUUGAUUGAAUUCUGGAAGGAUAUGUAUCUAAACAAGAAGAUUAUUGACAUUGAGGCGAUCAAGGAGCCUGGACCAGAUAACUAUGCUAUAGCUAGCGGCUUACAUGACCUUCAUUUCCCAUUCUCGUAUUACUUUAUGAACCAAAUUAAUAGCUUCAAGAAAAGACAUGUUGACGAUAUUGCCGAAUUGGAGGAAGAUGGACACAAUGUCAAUGAAAACGGCGAACUCAAUGAAAAUGUUGCAGAGGCUUAUUAUGACAAAUUCGAAGAUAAAAUUUUCUCGGCGUUACCAGCACUUAGAUCUGCACCGCUGCGACGUUUUUCAGAGCUUUACUUUAGAGAUUUUGUGACAGUUAUUGCGUCUAAUCAUGGUGGUGACAAGGUUACCGGAAUCCUGAAGUCUCUUCUAAGCCGCCUUAUGGGUGAAGACAAAAUUUUGAACCCUAUCCGAUUGCACGUAUAUUGGUGGACGAAAUCAAAUGCUGUUUUGGCGCAAAUGCAAUUAGCUUCAUUAUGCCCGACUAUUAUGGAGAAUUUAGACGGCCACGACGAGUAUGAAAAAAACGUUUGA